UUCCAUUCACCAGGGAGCUUCAAGGAUAGUCAUUUGAAGAAAAUAUCUCACUAACUGAUAACUAUACAAAGCUUUCAAGAUGUCGGAUCCCAUCUCCUCUGCGUCCGCCGACCCUGACACCCUCCCCACCAACGCUGAGGACCGCAAGGCCGCCGCCGCCCUCUCAGCCCUGAACACCAACGACAUCGGCGCCGAUGCUGACGCCUCUUCUGCGGCGAAGCCUCCCUCCUCGGCGGACCAGGAAGCGCUCGGCAAAGCCAUGAGUCGGUUGGAGAUUGCGGCGGGGGGCGCGCAGGCGGGGAACCGGACAGGCAAGACGCAGCAGAAGCAGGUGGUGGAUCAGGGGGCGAAGAAGAAACCAGUCAAGGUGUCCACGGAGGAUGUCAAUUUAUUGGUUGAUCAGUUGGAUCUGAGUAAAAUCAAAGCGACCGAGUUGUUGAAGGCGAACGAGGGAGACAUCAAGCAGGCGAUAAGGUCAUUUAUUGCACCGGCUAUCAUUAAUGCUUCUUGA